UGCAAGUAGUAGCGGGAGAGCAAAAGUACACAAUGCAGCUGGAAGCAAAGGUGCUAAAAUAUGGGAGCCCCAUUAUAUUUUCAGGAAACAUCACAAAGCAGCCUGGCAAGAAGAUGACAUUUUCACUCUCCUUGAAUAACCUACUAAAAGAGGCAGCUUUCAUAGCAGUGUGUUUGGAGAAAACGGCCGAUGAUAAACUAAAGCAGUAUUCCCUGGAAGGAGAAACUCAUAUUCCAGGGGUUUUUGGCUCGCACACCAUUGCCCUUCUACUACACCAAGGACAUUUCUGGUCCAAUGCCCUGAGGAUUAAAUAUGGAUUAUUUGGAGAAGCAAAACAUCUUCGGCAUGAAUGUAAUGUGGGCCAGAAGCUGAAAGUGGAUCACGGUCCCCAAGAUACCUACAGGCUGGAUCUUGACCAUGAGCUCCAUUGUACUCAGAUCCUAGCCUACAACCACAAGAUUCAUUUGCAUCAUGAAGAAACUGUAUCGCAGCUGCACUCUCAAUUGGAGGUCAACUAUGGAAAACACUGGGAUGAAAUCAACAAUAAGAAGAGGGUGAUUGUCAGUCAGACAUUUAAAAAUAAUUCCUAUCCAGCUCUGACCAGCUAUUUUAUGGAGUUCACAAUUGAAGUACCGGAAAAGCAAGUGAAUUAUCGGACUCAGUUGCAACACUCCCAUACUACCCAGAGCUACACAGAAAGUAGCACCCACUUGAAGGUGCACUUUAACAAUCACAUGCCAUUUAUGGCGGGGCUGCAGUGGAAAGACAGAUCACGACAUUCCUUGAAGAAGUGGGAAGGUACCUUCAACAUGGACACACCCUGGCUUUACCUGUAUACAGCUCACAAGCUACAGCAACCUCAGCGUUCAGUAUAUUCAGCCACUGCUGAGUUAACGGCUAGGAAAGCCUUUGUUGUCAAAGGGCUGGUGAUAGAACUCUUCUGUAAGGACAAAGUUGAUGAAAAAGAAGGGAAAGUUUGGAUCUACACGCCAGCAACCACCUACCUGCGGGCAUUCACAGUUAAUCACUUCAGAAAGGGGUUUCUGCACAGCCAGAGUGAAAUGGUGUCUCUAUGGAACCAGCUCCUAAAGAACGAGAUUUUCCUGGAAAAUAAUGAACAGAACAAAGUUCUUCAUUUCAAGGUCAAGUCUGCAAAGCAAGAAUUUAAUAUGACAGCUGCUUAUCUCCACCUGGAGGUGCCCAGAAAGACGAAUGUUUCCAUGUGCAUUUGGUGGAAGGACCACAAGAACCUGCCACUUGUGCUGCAGUUUGAAGCCCAGAUAGAAGAAGUAAGAAAGGAAAAAAUGCUAUAUCAAAAACGUGCAACAGUCCACUUCAGGCAUCCAUUUAAACUGCCCAUUCCUCAGAGCUUUCUUCUCCAGGAAACCUUUACUGUGGACAAGAAGGAAAAGCAUUAUUUAUUGGAAACCAGAGUUUUGAUACAUGGACGAGAUGAGUGUGUUCAAACUCUCACACUUGGCUAUCAAGCUGAAAAUCUAUAUAUUUGUGCUGGCUUGGCUCAUCCCUACAGCAGCAAGAUUUUCCCUUCAAAUAUAGACGUAUGUGCCAGAAUGAGAAAUCUCAGUCAUGUGAAAAACGACUUUGAAGUGAACCUCAAAGUCAACAGGAAAGAUGUCCUCCACUUUCUGGGCCAGUACCAUAACAAAUCUAACAUGUCCAAUUCCCAAUAUACUGUCCACAUGGAAAUGGCCCAUUCAUUCCAGUUCAAGAUUCCACAGUCAGUCUCUAUGAGUGGAGAACUCCUUUCAAGGGAAUCCAAACUAGCCAAUUGUGUCUGGGUUUUGAUGAUCAAAGCUACAAUCAACCAGCAAAACAUUUCCCAGUUCAGUGCCUGGCUGAAUGGAUCCAAUACUGGUUUUGGAAUUUAUUCUCAACUUUCCCACUGGAAUCAGUUGAACUUUCCUGCAGACUUUCAGGUCCAUGCUACCGCGAACCGGUAUGGAAGGAAUGGUUUCAAUGGCUCCUUUUACCUCCAUUCCAGUGGAAAGGAUGUUACCCUGCUGGAGGUAGACUUCAACAACGAGAUGAAAAAGAACACCAGAGCCCUGAGAGUGAGCUCUGUCCUAAGACAAACAAUUCUGACACAGUUCAACCCUCUGUGGCUGCAGCUCCUGGGCAAGAUGUCAUCCACAAGGCUUGUGUUAUCUUCAGGGAUGAAGAUAGGCCAGGAUGGUUUUCACCUGAGUGUUAUGGGAUCCAGAGAGCAGAAAGCAGGUCUUGCCCUGCGUGCCAGUGUCCAACACAAUCUUGACAGCCUCAGACAUAUCCUACCUGAGGACCUUGCUUUGGAAAGUUCUCUCAAAAGGAAGAAAAACCUUCAGGAAGCCAUUGUCAGCAUGUUGGUUAACCGGUCACUGUUUGGAAUGCACAUCCAGAACAGAAAUAUGUUUGGCAAUGAAAGCCUUCGAAACAUCACUGUCAUUGUGACUCAGAAUGGCAGCCAUACAUUCCCAGCAGAGACAAAGUUAAGAGGACAACUGGAGCUUAAAAAAGGAAGCCAGAGGUGUGCAGUCAGCGUGCAUAUGGGCGGAAGGAUGCUUUGUCUUGAUAUUACAAGCAUUACCACUGAGGGCCAGAUGGAAAUCAGUGGUACUCUCACAGACAACAUCAGCAGUUUAUAUACUGCAGGACUCUCCACAGAAAGUAGCAUCAUAGCCAAGUAUUGCCGCGUUGAUGCCAAUGAUACAGUAACUGUACAAUUCCAGGGAGGCAACAAACGAUUUACUGCUACCUUUGGACUUCAGAAACCAGACCAGGAAAUCUUUCAAGCUCAGUUCACUGCAAGGAUCAGCCACAACAUUAAGAAACUGAAGCAAUAUGGAAUACCUUUCACUAUAGAAUCUGCUUGUUAUUACAAAAAUUUCAGCAGAAAAUUUGUGGUGGGAGUGACAACAUAUGCUGACAAAGAAGGGUUCCAGAUUGAACUGAAGAAUCAAGGCACCAACAUCACCACCUGGUUUUCCCUUCUCUUCCAUCACAAUGUGGGACAGCUGCUUCAUAUUAUCCCACCAGAAAUCCAGGCCCCAGCAAGAUUUUUGCUCAAUGGAUCAAUGCUUUCAAGCCGCUGUGCAGCUGAUAUAAUGGGAGAAAUAAUUUCUAGCAACUCAUUUAUUCAGUUCAAGAUUCACACCGCAUGCAGUCCAGAGCAAAUUGUGGAGCUUGGUCUGCAACACAACUGGCCUUACUUUAAGUCCCUGGGCUUUCCCCAGGAGAACCAGCUAAAAGUAGCCACUGUGAAGGAGUACAAGGGCCUUUUUGAGUUCAUCCUUGGAGAAUGCGUGUUCACUGGCAGUGGAGAGCUGAGUACAGAGGGUGAAGUAACAGCAGCAGAAUGGAAAGCAGCUCUUCUGAAUAAAUGUGCCCACUCGGAGAACAUGGAAUUACCUCCAUAUCUAAUCUCUGGAGGAUCAUUCUUCAAAAACAUCUACAAUAUCAGUUUGACAGCAUACAUUCAAGGGCUGCCUCCUGCGAAUGCAGUCCUUCUGUCCAUGGGAAAUGGUUCUCCCUUUGAGGGAUUCCUGAGGCUGCAUUUCGGUAGCUGCAAGCUUGAGGCCCAAGGAGAAAUCCAGCCCCAAAACAGGACUGAAUGGGCUCUAGAAGUGGAAACAGGUUGCAAAACUCUACAGAAUCUUGGGAUUCCAAUAAAAAUGAGUGGAGCAGGACAUAUAUUAAUCAGUAAAAUGACUUUGGAUUCCCAAGUUGUAUUUACUGCAGGAGAAAAUACUUUACAUGGACUCCUCAUAUUAAAAGGCGUGGAUAACAGAGAAGAGUUGCAUGCUUUGUUGACCCAGAAUGUGAAAGGAAGCAUCCGCCUUGGCAUCCCUGAAAGGACAGAGGUAGAUAUAGUUUCAGAAAAGAGAGGUCCCAUUCAGAAAAGGCUGCUUCAGUUCACUAUGGAUGGAAAGCAGGUCAAAGAAGAACUCAGCUUCACAGCGAAGGCCAACCAGGUCUCUCUUGACUAUAAGCUCACACACAAUUUGGAGGCCUUGCAGGCACUGUGGAUACAGGACACAAUAGAGCUUCAGCUGACACUCCUGGAGAGUCUCUCUGAAAACGAAACAGAAGCAUCCCUGAGACUGACUGGUGACCCAAACUUAAGCCUCUGGCUCACUUUCAUUGCCAAAAACAAAUGGCAAGGUGCUGAACUGCAUGUGAAAUCUCUUCAGAAUCUGCCUUUUCUCCUUCAGUAUUUUCCAAACAUGGCUGAAGUUUUCUCAAAGAUAAAUUAUGCUACAAAAGAAGCAGAAGGAAAACUUUCCAUUCAAAUGGAGGAUAAGGAUUUCUUUGUUGUGACAAAAUUAGCAUCCACUAGAAUCAACCACACACUAUUUAUUCAACUAGUGCACACCAUUCCUCAGUUCACAGCCCUUCCAAGAGAAAUGGUUCUCACAACAGCUUAUCAAAAAAGCAAGCGGAGCCAAAUGUUGAGUUGUGUGGCCUUAUGGGACGGCCAAGAGGUGAACGUGACAGGCAGCUACACUGGCCCCUUCCCCAAGCUGUCCGGAGGAGGUCAUGACUUGAAAGUGGAGAUCUGCCAUCCUUUCUCAGUCCCUUUUCCUCAGCGUUCCACCCUCCGCCUGUCCAUGGAGCAUUCAGCACAUAGUCACAGGGAUGCUGUUCUCAUUGGCUGGGAUACCAAGGAGCAGGUAUUAGUCUCCUCUUCUCUCAAGCGUGGGAAGGAACACACCCAUUUCUAUGCUGUCCUUGCACACCCUUUUAACUUCACUAUGAACCGUAUUGAGGUCCAUUCCCUUACCGAGAGCCAAAGAGGCUCCUACAAUCAGCAGAUGCAGUUUGAUUGGAAUGAUGGACAGCCAUCCCAUUUGAAAUUCACCUUUGGAGACAAGUCUAAGGCCAGUGUCGCGCUUUGGGAUGCCUGUAUGAUAGUUUCUUCUCACCAGCUCCAAAACAUCCUGGCCAUUGCAAGGUUUGAGGCCUGUGGGUCACUUGAGCAGACAGCCUCCUUGUUUAAUCAGCACAUAGAUCUGCAGUGGGACAGCAAAAAAUUCACACAAAAUCUGACGUAUGAGAAAAACAAGCUGUUGCAUCAGGAUAAAAUGCAAGUAGAAGCCAUUUUGGAAAAUGUCUUUUUGACGUCAUGUUCCAGUCAGUAUCUUCUGGGAAAAGUUGAAACAGACUACUCAUCUUGGCUUAAUCAUGACAUGAGCCUCAGCACCUGCACCUUUCAAAACGCAAGCGACAUGAUAGUUACCCUCUCUGGGACGCAUCAGCUCAACAAAGGAAAAAUGCUCUUGCAGUCAGAAGGCAAAGUCAGCCUCGCUGGCAAUGAGGGGUCGGUGAUGGUGGCUAUAAGGAAUCAGAGCCAAGAGGAAGGGGAGAGCUAUUCAACAGAAAUUUCUUUAAAAGCAUCUGGAACUGUUUGGCUGGGUGUAAUGGGAAAUGUGACUUCCUCAGAGGAUCAAAGCCAAAUCCUGGUCGAGGGAAAUCUUGACCCCAAAGAGAAAAUAAAAAUAAUUGCUUCCAAAGGAAAAAGAUGUGUUCAGUGUAACAUGGGGUACCUGAAAGGGAAUUCUGAAGACAGACUGGAGCUCGCCGCUUGUGCUGAUGGCCAGCACCGUGCUGCUCUCAGUGCCCAUCUUGUGAAUGGACAAAGACGUGAAGAAUUAGGAUACCUGGCUCUAGAAGCUUCCAACUACACCUUGAGUUUGAAAGCCCACAGUUGUCAAGAUCCAGUUGAUAAAACUGAGUUAAAACUGAGUGAGAUUGUGGCAGAUCUACAGUACAGACUGGUGGCAAAGAUCAGAAAUUUGGAGGAACGCCUUCAGGAUUUUCAAAAGCUGGUGCAGCACAUAGAAUUUCUCCACGAUGCUGUCAGUUGGCCUUUAAGAGUUUUCCAGGAAGCUGCAGGGAUCUUCCAAAACAGAAUGAGAGGAAUCAUUCAGAUGUGGAAACAGAGUGGAAUCAAGAAAGCUUUACAAUUUGACCUCCCACUUUUUCUAGGGAAACUUCAAGAUUUGGUCCAGCAAAUGCAGAUGGAGUUGCAAAAGCCAAUAACAACCAUGAAGGAGGCUUAUUAUGAUGUUACUUUGAAAUCUUUGGAUGAAGUGUGGCAGCAAAAGACGGAAGCGUCCCUGAAGAAACUCCAGGCUUUGGUGCCAACAGUUGUAAAGGAUGUGUGGCUGAUGAAACCAAUCCAGAUGUCACUAAAUGCCCUGAAAGUUGGCUUAGAUGUGGCAACACAGCAGAUGCUAAGUUGGACAGAAGCCAAGUUCUCCAGAGCGCUAAGUAACCUACAGAAACAUUUAUCAAACCUCUACAGUUUCUCAGCUAGAAACUGCUCCUUGAUUGUGACCUUACCGGUGAUGCCUGAAGGAAAGCCCACUCUGUAUGUGACAAGCCUUACAAACUACUUAAUUGAAGAGAAACUUAUGAAGCCCUUCCGUAGGCUGUACAACAUCAACCUGAUGGCAGAAUAUUACAGAGCCAAGCAGGCCCUCAUGGAGACCCCAUUUGAGUACCAUGCCUUGUUGAUGGGGUAUAAGCACCUGAGGACAUUUGAUGGGGAGAUGUACAGCUUGACCUCCAAAUGCAGUGUGCUCCUGGCCAAGGAUUUUAUUCAUGAUACAUUCGCCUUAAUAUUAAACCUGAACAGUAGUGGUGUCAAGUCACUACAUGCUUAUCUGAGUGAUACUACUGUUGUUAUCCACCCAGAACAGAAGGCACUUCGAUAG